AUAAUACAGAAACAUACUUAAUAAGACAAUUCUUACUUAGUCAACGAUUCAGUGAAGAUGUAUAAAUAUUUUGAAGGAAAAAGAAUAUUAAUAACGGGAGGAUGUCAAGGUAUAGGAAAAGGAACAGUUUUAGAAUUGUGGCGGUUCGGUGCUAAAGUAGUCGCACUGUCACAGCAAGCGGACAAUUUAGAAGCAUUGAAAAGAGAAGUUCCUUCUGUAGAAAUUGCUUGCGUUGACCUUCGAGACUGGCCCAAGACACGGCAAGUGGUCGAUUCUCUGGGCAUUUUCGACGGAUUAGUCAACUGUGCAGGAUAUAUUCACAAUGAACCAUUUUUAGAGUGCUCUCCGGAAGCUUUUGAUGCAACUAUGAAUGUUAAUGUGAAAGCUAUCCUGAACGUCAGCCAGAUUGUAGCAAAGAAAAUGAUAGAAAAUGGCAUAAAAGGCUCCAUAGUCAAUAUAUCUUCUCAAGUGUCAAAAGCGGCAAUAAAGGAUCACUUAGCGUACGCUGCGUCCAAAGGUGCCGUAGAUUCUAUGACACGUAUUAUGGCUCUUGAACUAGGUCCUCAUGGAAUAAGGGUAAAUACGAUCAACCCGACAGUCAUUAUGACGGAAUUGGGCAGGCGAGCUUGGGCAGAUCCUGAGAAAGCGCAAGCGUUCCUCUCAAAAAUACCACUGGGCAGAUUCGGCGAAGUCCAAGAAGCUGUGAACGCAAUCGUGUUUCUUCUCAGUGACAAUGCUAGUAUGAUUAAUGGAGUUCAGCUGCCUGUGGAUGGAGGUUUUCUUGCAACAUAAGUUCUAUGAAUAAAUACAAUUUAUUAUUCUUAUUUUAUUCAGUUUAUUGUGCCAAAGGAAUCGAUACAUACUGGACGUAGAAAACAAUGCAAGCGUAAUAAAUUUAUGUAAUAAAAGCAUAUUAAUAUGCAAAGCUACGUGGGCCAGCAUAUACAGAUUUCGUAAAGAAACAUGACAACAUGUAAAUCAAACAUUUUUGAAAUACACGACCUAUUACAUUUUA